AACAAACCGCGCACGCACACACUUUGAGGCAGUAGCAACCCGCAACUAUUUUCUGUACUGUCGUUAAAGUUUUAGCUUUAACGUGUUCUGAAAGUUUUUGUGUAGCUUAUUUUUGCAACUCUAAUACAACAUCAUUAUUCUAAACGUACUGUAACUAGAUUAGGUUGCUAGAUGAGUCUAAAGUCCGAUUAGUCUAAAGUCUGAUGAAGGUGUGUUUUGUCCUCAAAUGCAUCGUGGUUAACUUCAGAUAAACUGCUAUAACUCCUCUUUUUUAUUUUUAUUUUUACAAACGGGAAAAUGAAACUGAUUAUCCUCAAUGACUACGACGCGUCGAGCGAGUGGGCAGCAAAGUACAUCAGGAAUAAGAUUUUACUUUUCAAACCUGGACCCUCCCGAUAUUUCACCCUUGGUCUUCCUACUGGAAGCACUCCGUUAGGCUGUUAUAAGAAACUGAUUGAGUACUACAAGAAAGGAGAACUCUCUUUCCAGUAUGUCAAGACGUUCAACAUGGAUGAAUAUGUGGGACUUCCCAGAGAUCACCCUGAGAGCUACCAUUCCUUCAUGUGGAAUAACUUCUUCAAGCACAUCGACAUACGAGCAGAGAACACGCACAUCCUCGACGGCAACGCUGCAGACUUGCAAGCUGAGUGUGACGCCUUCGAGGAGAAAAUAACAGCGGCCGGGGGAAUAGAGCUGUUUGUUGGAGGAAUCGGGCCAGAUGGCCACAUAGCCUUUAACGAGCCUGGAUCAAGCCUGGUGUCUAGGACGAGGGUGAAGACUUUGGCAAGGGACACCAUUGUGGCCAACGCCAGAUUCUUUGAUGGAGACCUCUCCAAAGUGCCCACCAUGGCACUGACUGUUGGAGUGGGCACAGUCAUGGAUGCAAAGGAGGUGAUGAUUCUCAUCACUGGAGCUCACAAGGCUUUUGCUUUGUACAAAGCCAUAGAAGACGGCGUGAACCACAUGUGGACUGUGUCCGCAUUCCAGCAGCACCCACAGACUGUUUUUGUAUGUGACGAAGACGCCACUCUGGAACUGAGGGUCAAGACUGUGAAAUAUUUCAAAGGGAUGAUGCAUGUGCACAACAAGCUGGUAGAGUUACCUGAUUUAGAGCCCAAGAAAUGAGGAUAUUUUAAAUAAAAAAUUUUUUGUGAUUAUGCAUUUUAAGAAAAUACACAUUCCAAUGACUCCUCUGUACUAAGGCAGGGAAACAUGGGUGGAGAAUCAAGUUUUUGUUUUUACAACUGU